AUGAUAACGCACUUCUUUAUGGAUGGCAACACAGUUGGAUGCGACUUCUGUGGCAUCGUGGAGUCGGCUGGGGAAUCUGCCUUGGUAUCGCCUGGCGACAGAGUCUGCGGUGCGGAUUUUCCAUAUCGACCCGACAAUAAGCUGAACGGCGCUUUCGCCCAGUACGCCGUCACCGAUUUUCGCCACGUGCUCCGGGUCCCGAAGGACUGGAGCGAUACCCAGGCUGCUGCGCUGGGUGCUAUCGGCUGGUGCACUGCUUGUCUUGCAAUUUCAGACCCAGCGGCCUUGAACCUGAAAGGAAUGCCCUCUCGGCCAACGGAGAAGUCAAGUCCUGUUUUGGUCUAUGGUGGAGCAACGGCAACUGGUCUUAUGGCCAUUCAAAUGUUGAAGUUGUCUGGCUAUGAUCCUAUAGCGGUCUGUUCUACGAAGUCUGCGCCACUGGUCAAGGAAUAUGGCGCUGUAGGGACGGCUGCCUAUACGUCCGCGGACUGCCUCCAAGCAGUCCAGGCCCUCGCAAAUGGGCUUCCAAUCAAGUACGCGCUCGACUGUAUCACGGAUGCAGAGUCUACCGCGUUCUGCUACUCUGCUUUGGCGCGGGUGGGUGGCCGCUAUGCCUGCCUCGAAGACUGCCCCGAAUCCUGGCGCACCAGGCGUGCGGUGAAGUACAAGGCGGUCAUGGGGUUUGAAGCCUUGGGAUUUGACGUUGACCUCAAUCACCCCGUGUAUGCCCGCAAGGCCAAUCUUGAGCUCCACGGUAUUGCCUUGCAGUGGGCUCAAGAAAUACAGUCGCUGCUAGAUCAAAAGCAGAUCAAGACGCAGCCGAUCCGCGAGAUAGAUGGCCAGUUCGAGGGGAUAAUCAGAGCGUUGGAAAUGCUACAGAAGGGGGAGGUGAAAGGCGAGAAACUCGUUAUACGCGUAUCAAAUUGA